CGUACGUGAGACACUUUACCGGGGUUUCAGACUACAAGGCGAGAUCUGCGAUCUAAAGAAGCGGUCCAAGGUUCGAAAGCAUACCACUCCUGCUCACAGGUCUUUCGAGGAGUCAAAGCCGCAAGUCUCACUGAAACUGCCCGUCACCGCCUGCCUUCCAGCGGCGCCUGUACUUUUCUCUGGACGAGACAGCACUCCAGUACUUCUCUUCACACAGUCCGGGCCACAACCGGGCCACGGCCAUCAUGGCUGACGUUGAGGGUGCCUCUCCAAAGGAGCAGGUGCUGGAAGCGUGCCGCAGAGACAAUGUCGAACUAUUCCACGAAGUACUGAACGACAUGAAAAACAAGAGCAAGGAUCAAAUAGCAGAGUUCUUCAAUACCGUCACAGAUACUAUGGGCAACCAUUUACUACACGUCUGCGCAAGUUACGGAGCAUACGACGUGAUGGAUGAACUCCUGAAUAUCGAAUUCCUCGAAUGUGACCCUCUGACCAGAAGAGACAAAGAGACGCCCAUCCACUGUGCAGUCAAAUAUGCAAACGAACGAGAAGUGGAACUGGGAGAGGCGAUGGCAAAGAUGCUGAUCGAAGCUGGGGGGGAUCCCAGAGUAAAAGAUGGCCACGGCCGAAAGCCUGCCGAGCUCUGCACACCGAGGACAGAAGAGCUUCGCGGAAUACUGAUAAAGGAGGAAUAUGUGCUCAAUGAAGGUCUGAAGAACGCGGAUGUCCACGAGGACGAGGACGAAGACGAAGGAGCUGGAUCCGCUUCAGACUCAGAUUGAGCUGGAAUCGAGUGCUUUUCAGAGGUCGCAGGUCACUAGCGAGCUGGUCUUGCAAGCCUCCCUCGACGACAAAAUCCCGCCGACCGACUUCUAUGGUUGGCCACAGCUGGCAUAAGACUCUUUAUCAGUCUGCCCUUGGCAUCAGCAUCCAGGCGAUCACCAGCCCCGAAAGUCGGUCAAAUGUUGGGAGGGUGCGGCUGACAGUCUAUCGUCCAUGAUGUACGAAUAUAUCCAGACUGUGCUGUGCCCCGGAAAGCCAUCGUUUGAGCUCUCCAGCAAAGGUCUCGACGGGAUCAGUAUCAAGAUUUGGAGCCAUGCAGAUGGUACUAUCAAUUGUUGAAUAUGAAUGUGAUGACAACCUGAAUGCAUGUGCAUCGGUAGGCAACUUCUCGAGCUUUUUUCCCACUUUGACGGAGAAGAGUUGGUCAAUGCCAGAAAAAGGCAAUUCAUGCGGCAUCUUAUCGCUUACGUGUCUCUCUAUGACCAUGUCCUUGGGAUUGUGUUAUUGAUAUCUCACAGUGCGGAACAUCUGCCGCAACAACUGCCAGUCAAAAAUAGUUUGGUGGAGCAGGUGGACCUUGCGUUGGGCUUGCUUGAAUAAGCGCUUCUGUGCCUGACACCCACCUGAGAGAUAUCACCUUUUCUGUCGGUUAUCAACGAUCGCGGCAACCUUCAUGGGAGUACCAGAUCAGGCUGGGAACGUCGAGAUCCAAAAUCUGUUUUGAGAUUGGAUGCCGGGUUGUCAGACCAUCGUCCGACUUCGCCGAGAUGUCGAAGAGUUUUCACUUCUACAUGAACAGCGGCUUAUCUAACAUGCCUCAUGGAGUGGGCCACUAGGCCUACGUCAAUUGGCGUGCGAGCCAUCAGCCUUGUGGGCACGGCGAGACGGUUAUCACUCGGAGCAAGGAGGCAUUUUCA